GACUUCUGACCAGUCAGUAGGCGCAGCGCGCCCUUUGGUUUCGCGAGCUAGUGUUUGCCGCCUCAGUUCCCGCGACCCCAACGUCCCAGAGGCGGGGCCCGGAAUCAGCGGAGGCUCUCCUUGGAGUAGCCUCGGUUCUGGCCCAACAAACACACCUCAGUUUUGCAGAGAUUGCGGAUACUGAAGAUUUGAAGUUAAGUACAUCAUUUACAAAUGUUAUGGAGCCUACAUAUCUUCUUGCAAGACCCCAGAUGAAUACCAGGUUUCCUUCAAGCAAGAUAGUACCUUUCCACUUUCCUCCAUCAAAGUAUGCACUUUGGAACCCAAUGCCAAUUGGAGAUUUCAUCUGCUUACAUCUCAAUCACUACAGAAAUCCAAAGCUUGUGGUGACUGAAAAGACCCUUCGACUUGCUUACCGUCAUGCUAAACAGAAUAAAAAAAAUGUGCCAUGCUUUUUACUUGGUUCUCUCACAGUAGAUGAAGAUGAAGAAGGUGUUACAUUGACAGUAGAUCGCUUUGACCCUGGUCGAGAAGUACCUGAAUGCUUAGAAAGAACCCCUACUGCUUCUCUUCCUGGAGACUUUGUGAUCCCCUGCAAAGUUCAUACUCAAGGAUGUUGUUCAAGAGAAAUGAUUGUUCAUGAUGUAGAUGACUUCAGUUCAACUUUUAAGGCUCUACAGCACCAUGUAUGUAGCAAAGAUUCCUUGGACUGUGGUAAGCUGCUUUUCCUAAGAGCUCAUAUUACUUCCAGGGAGAAUUUGGACAAUGUGGAUUUUGACUUGCACUGGACAGCUGUAACUCUAGCAAAUAACUUUAAAUGUGCACCUGUGAAGCCCAUCCCCAUUAUUCCAACAGCUCUGGCAAGAAAUUUGAGCAGUAACUGGAAUAUUUCUCAAGUUCAAGGGACAUAUAAAUAUGGAUAUCUUACCAUGGAUGAAACACGCAAAUUGUUACUUUUAUUGGAAUCUGAUCCCAAGGUUUGUUCUCUACCAUUAGUGGGAAUUUGGUUGGCUGGAAUUAUACAUAUCUACAGUCCUCAGGUUUGGGCUUGCUGCUUGCGAUACAUGUUCAGUUCUUCUAUUCAAGAAAGGGUUUUUUCACAAUCUGGAAAUUUCAUCAUAGUUCUUUAUUCUUUGACACAUAAGGAACCUGAGUUUUAUGAAUGCCUCCCUUGUGAUGACAAAGUACCUGAGCUUCGAUUUCAUUUACUGACCAGCAAGGAAACAUUACAUCUUUUCAAUAAUGUUGAACCUUCUGACAAAAAUCAAAUCCAUUUUGAACUGAGUGCUGAAAGCCAAGAUACAGAAACAGAAUUUUUCAGCAAGUUUUCAAAGAGUCUUUCAACUAAGAGUUCUUCCCAGAAGUUAUCUCUUGGAAAAAUACCAGUAAAUGAUCAUGACUCUGGUGUUGAAGAUGAAGAUUUUUCUCCAAGACCAAUUCCUAGUCCUCAUCCAGUGAGUCAGAAGAUUUCCAAGAUCCAACCAUUAGUUCCUGAACUUUCACUUGUUUUAGAUGGCAAUUUUAUAGAAUCAAAUCAUAUGUUGAAUCCAUUAGAAACGGUGAACACUGAAAAUUCUCGUUUGUUGAUUCAGCACUCUGAACACUUGAAGGCAAUGAAACCUGAGCUUUAUGAUGAGAAACACAGCCCAGAAGCUGAACCUGGAGAGUCUUCCUUAAAAGGGAUAUCAAGUCAGUUUAAUCAGGACAGUGCUCCUUUGAGGAGCAAGAGCAAGACAGACAGCAAAGUAAGACAGCCAUCUACCUGUAACAUAGGGAACCCUCAUUUUAGGAAUAAGAGUGUUCAGCCAUCUUCUUUUAAUGUUCCACCUCCUGAUAUAACUGAGAAACUUCAAGCAGUUUCUGCUGGAAAUGUACAGAAAGAAGAGUAUCCUCUAAGAACCUCCUCAUUUAAUUCUAGACAGUCUUCUCUUGCUCCACAGUCCCAUCCACACAAUUUUGUUUUUUCACCUCAUAAUUCAGGAAGACCAAUAGAAGGUCAGGUACCUGCUCCCCCACUACCAACUUAUUAUUCCACAAAUGUCUGCAGCUGUUAUCAGCAUCAUGGCCAUAUUCAAUAUAGUCCAAUAAGUUCUUGGCAAGGAGUAAAUACAGUUGGAUCCAUUCAAGACCUCCAGUCUGAAGCCCUUCAGAAACAUUCAUUGAUUCAUCCAAGUGGAUGUCCAGCUCUGUGUCAUAAAGCAUUCUAUUCUUCAAGUAGCCCUGUAGCCUUGAGACCUCAGGGAGGCAUGGAUAGUUGUUCUCCCCACAACAAUGUAGAACCAUCGCCUGUGGCAAGACCUUCACAUAUAGACUCUUGUAACCCACAUCCUUGUGCAGUGUGUAUGCACACAACCAAGACUGAGUCAGAUAAUGGAAUGAUGGGACUGUCUCCAGAUGCUUAUCGGUUCGUCACAGAGCAAGACAGACAGCUGAGGCUACUUCAGGCACAGAUUCAGCGUUUGCUGGAAGCACAGUCUCUGAAGCCUGGUUCCCCUAAGACAACUAUUGUUGAAGACACUGUGCAAGCUACAAAGCAAAUGGAGCUGGUUUCCAUGGAAGCACAGUCUUCCCCUGGCUCGCACAUGAAAAAAAGUGUAAGCAUUGCUGUGAGCACAGGUGCCAGCCUGUUUUGGAAUGCACCAGGCGAUGAUCAAGAUUCUCAACUGAAGCAAGAUGACACCAAGAUUUCUAGUGAGGACAUGAAUUUUUCUGUCGAUAUUAAUAAUGAAGUCACAAGUCCUCCAGGUAGUGCAUCUUCAUUAAGAGAAGUUGAUAUUCCCAGUUUUGAAGAAAGCAACAUUGCUGUGGAAGAAUUUAAUCAGCCAGUUAAUGAAUCCAACUCUUCUUCAGAUGUGAGAAAAGAACCCGAUGUGCCGAUAUUCUUUCCAAAUGCCUUGCUGGCAGAGAGCAUGAACAUGUGCUUACAGACCGGGCCAACAGAGGGUGCCAAUACCAAUACUGAAAAGUCUGAGAAACCAAAAAUUGAGCAAGUAAUGCAACCUUUGUCUCAUCAGCCAUCAGAUAACCAGAACAUCUACCAGGAUUUAUUGGGUCAAGUGAACCAUCUAUUAAGUAACUCCUCCAAAGAAACUGAACAGUCAUCUACUAAAGCAGUACUUAUCAGCCAUGAAUGUACCAGAACCCAAAAUGUUUACCAUACAAAGAAAAAAAAACACAGUUCAGGACUGGUGGACAAAGAUUGUGUUCUGAAUGCAACUCUUAAGCAACUAAGAAGCCUGGGAGUAAAAAUUGAUUCUCCCACUAAAGUGAAGAAAAAUUCACAUAAAGUGGAUCAGGCCAGUGUGUUGGCAUGCAUCAGCCCAGAAGCAGUGAUCUCUGGAUUAAACUAUAUGUCUUUUGCUAAUGUUGGCAUGAGUGGUUUAAGCCCCACUGGUGUGGAUUUGAGCAUGGAGGCAAAUGCUAUAGCGCUGAAAUAUUUAAAUGAAAAUCAGCUGUCACAACUGUCUCUCACUCGAUCAAACCAAAAUAAUUGUGACUCAUCUUUUAGCCUUCUACAUAUUAAUACAGACAAAAACACAGUGGGACUUAGCUUAAUUUCACCAAGCAACAUGUCAUUUGCAACCAAAAAAUACUUGAAGAGAUAUGGACUCAUACAAAGCAGUGAUAAUAGUGGAGAUGAAGAGGAUCCUCCUACCUCUGCAGAUAGUAUGAGUUCAAAUUCAUUGAAUCAAACCCCUACUUCCAUAGCUGCACAAGUUGGUCAUCAGAAAGAACCUUUGAGGAAUACCUAUGAAACAACUAAUUGCUAUAACUGUGAAUCCAUGGACACUAACACAGAUGUACCAGUAUUGAGAAAUAUCACAAAUGAAGUUGUGCAGUCUAAAGUAACUCAGCAAUUGAAGGAAAACCCAGCUUUCUUAUUAAAGAACCUCAGGCCUGGUCCUGCAGUAAACCUCCGGCCUGGAAAAGCCGAGUUUACUCAACAUCCUGAGAAAGAAAAUGAAAGGGAUGUCCCAAUUUUUCCUGAAAGUUUACAACCUUCUGAAACUUUAAAGCAAAUGAAUAGCAUGAACUCAGUAGGUACCUUUUUAGAUGUAAAACGUCUCAGACAGUUGCCAAAAUUAUUUUAAACCUUUAACUCUUUCUUUUCUGAUACAAGAACUGGUAUCUUCUGAAGGUACUUGGAGAAACCAGAGCCUUUGAGUAGUUUUGGAUUCCUAAUCACUGUAGGAGACAAUCUCUUUAUUGGUAACAGCUGAUUACAAAGAGCUGAACAAAUGACUUGAUUGUCUGUGAGAUAACAGGCUAAUGAGGAGGCCAGAUUCUUAUUCAGCAUCACUGAAACCUUUUAAAAAAGAAAAAACUCCUAACAGUUAUUUCAACAAAUUUAGAUAAAUAGAUGCUCUUCAACUCUCUCAACUGCUGUUUUAUGUUGUGUGUUUUAAAAAGUCCAUUUUCCUAGCAUGUUGCAUUUAGGCAUCUACCCAGUAUCAGUAAAAAACCAUAAACUUACCCUGACCCUGGCUGAAUUAGCAAAAUCAGCCCUUCUUGAGUUUAAGGGGAAAGUUACUUUUUAAAAUAUUUUAAGAUAUUUCAUAUAAGGUAUGUAUUUCCUCUUAAGUAUAUUAGUUAAACUCUGCAAGUAAAACUUGAGAUCUGGUGGGUUGAUGUUCAACAUACAGCAUUAGUUAUUAUUAAAUAAGAAAAGUAUUGGGUAUGAGUGUGUUUUAUAAACUUUGUGAUUUUUUUCAAAUGUCUUAAUAUUUUUAAAUACGACAAUAAAAAUGUCUAAAUUGACUGUU